AUCACAAGCCGGUCGUGGCCAGGAUUUGUUUACAAAGAUGGAGGACAGCGAAAGUGCCACCACGUCUAUCGACGACCGCAGCGAAGCUUAUUCAGAGCCCUCGCCCAGAGACUACUUGACCGAAGGCCUGAUCGGUCUGCUGCAUCCGACCAUCGAACAGCUGGACGAGCGCGUCAAGUCUACGAGGGUCAGUCAACUCGAACUUCGACAACACAUCGACAGUUUAGCCGAAGACCUCCGCAGAGUGUCCGAGGAACAGGAGGUCCCAUAUGACUUGGACGGUUACGUCAAGAAGUUGCUGAAUGCCAAACGGAGAGUGGUGCUCGUCAAUAGUAUCCUCCAGAACACGCAGGAGAGGCUGAACAGAAUCAACCAAAGUAUCAGCCGUGAAAACGCCCGUCGCACCGCGCUCCUCGAGCCACAAACUGCGACAACCCAUGAAGGAGCCAUCUAACAGGGGACGGAAUAAACAUGAGUUAACCCGGAGCGUUACACGAGGAGCAGAAAUUUUCUGCUGCACAAAGCUGAAGUCUAUGUGGGUCGCAUCAUACCAAACAAGUCGUAGCAAAUUCGUCCCGACGGAGUUCAUUUUGCGGUUCAUACGUGUGGUUCUCCUUUAGCUUUUCGUGAUCAAUGUUACCUAGUGGAAGUUCAGACUUUCUUUGUUGAAGACCAAUAUUUUGCAAGUAUUGUAAAAAUCAUGCUUCCUGUGUUAUUUUUCUGUUUUCCCAAUCGUCAAUGCAGCUGGUGUUUGUGUGCAAACAAAGAUGACCUGUGUAAUAGUUUGCAGUGAAUAAAGUGUAUGGCAUAGUACAACA